GUUAUUACUGCGUCAAAUCCGCAACCGUCGAACACGGUCUCCUACCAUCCGAAUCUCCCACUGACAUCCGCUUCACGAAAUACCUCUCCAGCCUCAACUUCAUCUCCUUAUUUCCGUGCAUCAUCAAAUCUCUGAUCGCAUCGUGGCAGAGACCAGCUCCCGCUUUCUACACUCUCAUCGACACACUGUUUGAGCCGCCGAAAUGCGUCUACCGAUCGCCUUCUUGUUCGCCUUCUUGGUUGCGGUCUUCGCUCUGCCUCCACCGCAGAAACCCGUCGUGGUCUCAUUUCCAGACAACACCCCGUCUUCAAUCAUCGACAAGGCUAUUGCAGAGAUCGAGAAAGAUGGUGGUAUCAUCACCCAUGAAUAUUCCUUGAUCAAAGGGUUCGCAGCCAAGGUUUCAGAAGUCACGCUCAACAAAAUCAGCGAAUUGGCCGAAGCAUAUGCGCCCUAUAUCGAGGACGACUACGUGGUCAACAUUGACGGCUCGACAAGUGCCCCUCAAUAAACUGGAGGAAUUUUAUCGAGACUGACCGUACAUAUGACAACGUAUUCGGAUCACGGAUGGAUAUAAUAUCAUGAACUGAAAGCAACGGAAAUGCAAAUAUGAUGGCACGACUAAUAUGACCGCAGGGUUUGUUCGGUCUGCAUGGCUGGGGGAAUCUGUACGGCGUACGCAAUGUGUACUGCGUACCUCACUCGUUAUAGAUAUCAUUGGUAACUCAAAAGUAUUGACCUGCCAUAUCG